AGUGUUCGAUUUUUUUAUUUUGAUAUUUUUAAUUGCGGGCCUGUACCGCUGUACUCGUUAUUCUGCGCAUUUUCAUUCUACAGAGAGCGCGGGAGAGGGGUAGCAAGGCACACGCACUAUUUUUUAGUGCUAGCUUAUUACAGCAGAUGUCUCAUAGCCAUGUCCCAAUAAAGAAUAAGCUCCCGACAUUUUUUUGCGCGCUUCAAUUUUUAAUAUACGCCCGAAACUCGUGAUGUUCUGACGAACGGUCCACAAUAGCACGAUUGCAUUUGAAAUAUUCGCGAAGUGUGACUCAUUUAUAUUUUAACUGAAUACAGUUUUUAAAUUUACCGCGUUUUAUGUGUGUUUUCAAAACAUCUGUGUAACAAGGCGCGAACUCACCGCACGAUGAUAUUUUAACGUAAUAUGGAUUCUGCAGAAAAAAUAAAAACGUUUCAAUGAUUAUUUUUUUUAUCAGGUGAAUUUUAUUUACAAUGGUAGAUACACAACAUUUUUGUCUACGUUGGAACAACUAUCAGAGCAGCAUAACAUCGGCCUUCGAAAACCUCCGUGACGAUGAAGAUUUUGUAGAUGUUACGUUAGCCUGUGAUGGAAAAAGUUUGAAGGCUCACCGAGUGGUUUUGUCAGCUUGUAGUCCGUACUUUAGGGAAUUACUCAAGAGUACACCUUGUAAACACCCGGUGAUAGUCCUUCAAGAUGUCGCUUGGACAGAUUUGCAUGCAUUGGUCGAGUUCAUUUAUCACGGAGAAGUUAAUGUACAUCAACGUUCCCUCUCGUCAUUCCUCAAAACGGCAGAAGUCCUCAGGGUUAGCGGUCUCACACAACAACACGGAGAUGGUAGAGAACAGUUGGCCCAAGUACAAAGUAUGGUCAGAUCACAGCAACAUUCGACGCCAGUAUCCAACCACCAUUCGUCAUUCACGGAUAAGCUAGUAGAAGAUAGUUUAUUCACGUCUCCUUCCUCCCCUCCCCAUGGCGCUACUGUGAAUCAGUUGCUCAGAAGAGCCGCAUUGCAAUACAGGAGAGAAAGAAGGAUAUCAAUGGAUCCAGAUAAUGAACAUAAAAGAACAAGAAUUGAUCAUAUAAUGGGCAAUAACAAUAACAAUAACAAUAAUAAUGAAUUAAAUUUAUCGACGACGCAUUCGCAACACCUCCCACCACAAACUCAACCGGCAGAUUUUUCCCCUAGCGCUAUGAAGAAUAAUGUGCUCAAUCUCAAUCUUAAUUCGAUAAAAACCGAUACAGAAGGUAAUAAUGGGAUAAGUAGUACGGAUAGAGAAGCUUCGCCGUGUUCGCCGUCCCCCACCCUCCUCCAUUCCCGAUGUAACAACAACGACAACGACAACAAUAACAUAAAAAAUGAACCAAUAGAAUUGCUCUGUAAUACCAACCAGGACGACAACAGCAACGACUCAGCCGACAUGACCAACGAUAACGGGGGCAGUGUGCCUCAUGGUGGUCCUCAUUCGGGUAGUUCGGGGGGUGGCGGGGACCACGACGAUCAUGAUAGCGCCAUAAGUCCUUAUUUAACGCCGACGGAAAGCAAAUUAUUUGCAACGGCGGCGGGAAGUUUUAAUUUUAGUAUGGCGGCGCUAGCGGGUGAUACUUCUAUGUUAGGAGGAUUGAAUCAGUCUCUACAGGGAAACGACAAUUUGGCUGGGACUUCGCAAGGGCCGGUGCGGAUGCCACCCCCCACUUCCGGAGGCAUCAACGAACCCCAGGAGUGUCCUUACUGCCGGCGCACUUUUAGCUGUUACUACUCUCUCAAGAGGCAUUUUCAAGAUAAGCAUGAGCAAUCCGACACCCUCUACCUCUGCGAAUUCUGCCACCGGCGAUAUCGCACCAAGAACUCGCUCACCACCCACAAGAGUCUUCAGCAUCGAGGCUCCAGUGGCAUGCUCAAACGAUUGCUCAAGACGACGGCGAUCAAGAGCGUCCUCAGUGCCAGUGCUGCUGCCACCGCCUCUUCACCGCCGAUCCAUCAACAGCAGCCACCGUCGAUCCACCAACAACAGCAGCAACCGCCCCCGCGCCUCCAGUGAGCCGCUACUCUGGUAAAGGCCUAAAAGCUAUUCGAACCGAAAGUACAAAUCCCCACAGAGCCCAAUGUAGUUUUUAUAUGUCUAUAUUUACUACUCACAAGCAUCUUGGCAGGCAGCCAUUUAAAACAUCCCCUUUUUUCCUUUAAGUAACCCAACCCGAUGACAUAUCUUCAUCAUAUCACCCUCCGGUACAUCACGUUCAGUGCAUGUGUUGUAUAUCGUGAUUUACCCAUUUUAUGAGACAUUUCCCAGUGUUACUGUGAUUCAGUUCAGAUUAUAUUCCCCACUGUUUUAACCAAGCACUAGGUAUCAACGAAAUGAUUUUGAAUCGGUUUCUCAAAGUUGUGAUUGGAUAUCAUUACUUGAAAUUCAUUUAUCAGAAAUGAAAAUAGAAUUAGUAGCAUUUUUCUAUUCAAUAAAAUAAGUAGAGGUUAUUGUUGAUAUAAAUCGACAUCCAAUACCUAGAUCAUUCAAAUGAAAAGAAUAAGUUUACUCUCUAUGUAUAAUUAUCUCUAAUUUUAUUCAUAAUACAAUCAAAAUUGUUAUUUUGUUAAUAUUUCAUUUGACAAAAUUUCAAUAAUGGAACUGUAUCGUUUCAGUUCACUUUUUUUUUAGUAUUAUACAGUAAAAUUUUUUCAUAAUCAACCAAUUAUUGUGAUAAUUAAAAAAAUAUUUUCAUGGGGUAAUAUGAAUUUAUUAAGUGCUUACCAUAACUUUGCACAAGAUCAUUUCGUUGCUAGAUCUUGUCCUUGUGACGAUAAUUUUAUCCUUCCCAAUAUCCCCCGCCCUUAAAUAUUUAUCACAUUCUUCUCCACAAAAAUUGCAUUUUGAAUGUAAAAAAGGUGAAUGAUCGUUUUCUAAUAAUGUAAAAAUAAUUGUUGAAUUUUUUCACAGCAGAAUAUAUUUUUCUCUGUGUAUGUUAACUUACGAAAUGCGAUUUUUUUAAACAAAGAAAACUUUAAAAUGGUGAAUAUUUCAUUAUUAAUCGUUACUUCUAUUUGUUAUACAUAAAUUCCACAAUCUGAAUGAAUCCUUAUUAUACAGGGUGUUUUGAGAUAUAUUUACUACUUGUAGCAGUUUUAACUGAAUGUAAUUAGAGAACUGUUUGAGUUAAACACGACAAAAAUUAUGUCUUUACAUUCUUUUAACCAAUUUAUUCAAAAAAAUAUUCAAAUCCUAGAAUAUAUUGCAUGCAUUGCUUACUAACAAUUUGGCCAACAAUGUCAUCCCAAUGUUAAGUUAUGCUUAGCUUUGUGGUUUUAUCAAUGAAAUGUGAAAAUUUGUGAUGAAGUUAACCCCUCAACAUGCGUAGGAAAUUACGCGCCGAAACUAUAUAUUCAUUUUAAAGGGAGUAAAUUUUGUUUUUAUAACAAGAAGAAACGAUAUCAUCUAUUUCAUGUUUAGCUUCAACAGUCGAUAAAUACUAUUUAAGAAAAACAAUUUACAAACUCCCUGUAUAAUCUAUUACAGUUUAUAUCAGAUACAUUUAAAACGAUAGUGCUGUAAAAACAGUUAUCUGUAUAAUGGAACAUAUUUUAGUUGUUGCAGUAUUUUCGGUUUUUCAUAUUCACUCUGUAUAUUUAUUAGGAUAAAACGUGACAAAAUGGAAUAAAACGAGGCAAGCAGGCCAACGACAUCCAAUAUAUUGGUAAUAUUUUGAUAUAAUUUCAUAAAAGAUUACAAUCAAGUCGAAAGUACUGCAGCGAAAAAUUACGAAAUUUUUGUUCUAACUGUUCUUACAAUUAUAUGCAGUGUAAGUCUAAAGCAUCUUGACGAACACAUCAGGUCAAUUUUCAAAAUCAAAUUCCUAUUAGUUAUGAAUACUUAGAUGACAAACAUUCAUCUAGUAUAUUAAAAUAAUAUUUAUGGUAGGAAAUUUCUAGGUUUGCUUUGGAGUAGUGGAUUCUAAGGUAGGAUAACAUUGAUCAAAAAGCAAAAAGAAUCUCAAUUAUAGCAGCAUUCUCUUUGUCAGCUCUCAUUUAAAUGAAAGUACAUUUUUCACAAAACUUUAGUUCGACGAACCGUUCGGGCUAUAAUUUAUUAUCGAGUAACAUAAUUCAGUUUUUAUCAUUUUAUUCAAGCCAUUUCCUCCCAAAAAAUCAUAGUUAUCUUAAAGUGUGGAAGAUCCUGUUUGAUAUUCCUCUAUGGUGGAAUAUCGUAGCAAGGGGUCGCCUUCCAUAAAUAGCAUUCUUUAAACAACUGUACACAUCUCCAAUUGCCGUUCCAACUUCAUCAGUGAAUAAAUUUCUUGACCAGUUUGUUGGUGAUUUUAUACUUUACUCAUUCUUAAACUGUUAAACUCACAAGAGGAGGCCAACAAGUCUGAGAGUGGUUAAGAAGUUUGAUUAUGACUUGAUCGUAAGCAACAACAUAAGAAAAGCAUUUUUCUACUGCUUUUCUUAUGAUUUAUAUACGGUGGGGUGAUUUAUGCACAACGUUUCUAACUUAAUCUAUUUUUACACUAACACUAAAUACAAUAAACUAUACCACUAUUCACCAAACUAUACACUUAUCACUAAACAUUUAUCCAUUUCUUAUCAACUAAUUUAUUUAAACUCGUCAAUCCCGUUGUGUUCAGGAUGACAUCAGAUUAUUUAAUGACUACUACGGCCGUAAACAAAUAAAAAAACCUUCUUAGAAAUUCACUUUAUAGGUAGGACCAAAACAUACUGUAAGUAGGUUAUAAAAACAAUAUAAAGAAAUUGUCGCCGUAUAUAAAAAUCAUAAUGUAAAUGGUCCUUCUGGCAAUUGUACCCACCGGAUUCGCCAAACUUUUAUGAAUAUAAUAGAUCAGGACCGGCUUCAUGGUCUACGGCAUCGGAGGAGUUCGUAACAGUAAAAAGUAAUGAGUUUCUCAAAAGAUUUUUCAGUCAAAUAUUUUCUAAUUAGUGGCAAUAUUUUAGAAUUUUGAUUUAGCUGAACAUAAACACUAUCUUUUUGCUCGACACAAUACAUUAAACGUAUUCAAACGUUGUUAUCAUUAAAUGAGAUAAAUUAGUAUUUCGCUAAUUUGAAACUAGCUACUAAAGUCGAAAUUAAAUACGCGUGCUUUUUGAAAAUAUCAAAUUUUACAAUCGGAGAAAUAAGCUCUGCAAUCCCAUAAGAUUAUUACGUUUAUCAUUUUCCGUUUUAUCUGAUUCAAAAAUAUUGGGGUUUUCUUAAGAUCCAUAAUUCUUAUUUUAAAAUUGUUUAAAAAAUUGAUUAAGUAUGGUGCAAAUGAAAGGAAUAAGUUCGUUAUUUCGUGCACCGGCGACUUGAGGAAAAAUUUUGAAACCAAUUAAUUUUUCUUUUUACACAGGCUAUUCGCAAAGAUAUUUUUGACGUCAUAUCUGUUAGCGUGAUGACGGCAUUGCUAAAAUUUUUAAAUAGAAAUGUGGGUGUUGCGAUAUAUUACUUGAAAGGUCUUUCAAAUACUUAUCCAGCCAUAUACAUAUAUCUGAAUUAAAUUUCUUAUUUCUUAAACCUUUUGUUAUAUUAACGCUUCUAAAUUUUCUUGAUUUUACGUCUAAUUUCAAAAGAAAAGAGAACUAAAAUCAAGAACAUUAAAAGCAUUAAUAUAAUUCAGCUAUUAAGUUUGCUUUUAUUAAAAAAUUGAUUAAGCAUGGUGCAAAUGAAAGGAAUGAGUUCGUUAUUUCAAAACCGGCGACUUUGAGGAAAAAUCCUGAACCCUGCUAAUUUUAUAUUUAAACAAGUUAUUCGCAAAGAUACCUCCUUAUUUUUGACGUCAUCGCAAGAAAGAACAUCAAAAGAAAGGAUUGAGGUUGCACAAAUGAAUCCAGAAGUUAUAAAGAAGGUUCGCGACGCGUCCUUCUUUUCACUAUAUAUAAAAUUUAUUGCCGGUUUACGAGAUAACGAAUUUAGUCCUUUCAUUUGCACCAUACUGCAUUCACUAAGAAGAUCAGGUGGCCACGGAUGUACGAUGAAUUCAGAAUGAGGUUAUAUUUUCCUAAAUACUUCAAGAAAGUUUUUCCUUUAACUGCAAACAGGCUUUAAUAACAUUUAUAUUGUUUCGUUUCCAACGUCAUCUUUUUCGACUCUCUUUGGAGGAACAAAUUGUUACCUUUCUGAACCAUGAAAGGCUGUAGCUUGGUUAUUAUCACUUUUUUCUUUGUCUGGAUCUUCCAAGACUUGAGGAAAUAGCUCUGGCGUAGGGCAACGGUUCUUGAUUAAUCGUCCGUAAUACACGCCAUUGUUUGCACUAAAUUUUUGUAAAAUUAAAUUUCAAACAUUUACUGACAGUUUUUAUUAGUUUAAUACUCCAAAAAAAUGAACUUUUACUAAUAAAGGAUAUUUCUGCAUAUUAUACGUGUAAUUUUUUGUGGAGAUAAAUGAAACAUGUUACUUGACUCUGAACAGAUUGUUGGUCAAAAAAAACGAAAAUUCAAAGAAAUUUCACGUAUAUUAACUCCGUUGAGAAAUGAAGAAUAGAUUUUGAGUUUGUAUCAAAAUUUUGUAAGCAAACCUUAGAUUUGCAUCCAAUUCCACAAAGAACUAAAAACUCAAAAUUUUUCUGCUAGUGACUGUUACAAGCACAUAACUUUUUAUAACGUGUAACUAAAAAAUGUUGGAAUUAAGAUGUUUUAGACUAAAUCUCACUGUAUUUUUCUGUUUCUAUUAUUUAUAAACAUGAUAAAUAGAACAUCGAUGUGAGUCGAAAUGGCACAAAAUGAAUACUAUGAAGAUGAUUUUUGUAUAGUGAAUAUUUUGCAAUGUGAUAAAUAUUUGCUCAUGUGAUUUUAGUAACUUUCGUAGGUGAAUCAAUCCUGCUGAAAGUAUCUUAGAUGUUACUCUAUGUAUUUAUGUUAUUUAAACUUGGCUAGGUUAAAAAAAGAGAGGUUUCAGAAUCCGAUCAAAUCACGGCGGUUUAACAUAAAAUUUUGUCAUUUAAGAAAGAAACAAUGUCUGAACAUAUCUUUUACUAUUGAUGGCUAUUUUUAGCUAUUUAAAUAAGAGUUCACUGUUACGUGGAUCAAUUUCGAAUUGUGCGUUAUUAGAAAAGUCAUAAUGUUUCAUAAUUUCUGAUUAUUUGAAAAUUAUUAGUUAUGUAUGUUAUUGAAAUUUGAAAAAAAUCCUACUAACUAUUGGUUUGUUCUCGCAGAAGUCACAAACAGUUCGGAUUUAGUGUAAUAAUUUUAAUGGCUUCUCGAAUGCCAAAAUCUUUAGCUGGUUAAUAGGGCACUUGCAUUUCUCAAAAAGUAUCUACUUUUUUUGUUUAUUUAUUAUUAUUUAUUUAUUUUGUAUAUUUAGAAUCGUAAAAGUUUCAAAUUUUUAACUAUAUAAGAAAACUAUUCUCAUUCUCAGUUGUCUGCUUGAUAAUCACGAGGUUAUCGUUGCCGAUAACGUAAAGUGUGCUGUUAUAAUACAGUUUUUAUUUAUUAGUCACCUAUAAAUAAAUACAUUUCUCUAUAUAUAGGAAUAAACCUUUUAUAGGUUGACGUCUAACAUUAAUACAUAAUUACAAAACAAAUUAAAAGCAUAAUAUACUUAAUUACUAUGAAAUAUUGGAAUAAGUUAAAUUUGAAUCUUACUUACAUGGCAACAAAAAUAAUUACAUCUCGCAGGAUCGUUUUAACGAUCAAUAUUUUCAUAACAUUUUUGUUGUACUACAUUCGAAUUUUUAGCAUUAUAAAAAAACUUUAUCAGGUAUUUUACUCGUGGUAUUUUCACAUCUUGGCACAAAAUACGAUUUAUAUACCAUUUUUCAUAUUAAUAAAAAUUUAAUAAUAACGCUUUUUAAACUACCUACAAAAUUUCUGGAUUUUUAAUAAGUUUUUUCUCUAUGAAGAUUGAUCAAAGAAUUGAAAAAAAAAAUUCAAAAAAGUUGUAUAUAAACUAUCCAAAACUAUCUUUUUUUCUCAAAUCGUGCAAGUACCCUAUUGUCAGAAGCAUAAGCAAUUGAAAGAAUAACAGAAUUCGAAUUCAAUGUAAUUUUUUUCUGUUCUGCUUACUAUACAAAUUAUUUAAUUUUGUUUGAGGAAUUAUGAAACGAUUUAUUCUAUCAUACGAUUCUGGAUUGUCCGAUUACCUGAGAAUCUGAGUUCGAUCAUGUCCCGGAAGAAUUUUUUUCAUCAAAAUCAUCCCAAUUCAAUCAAAAAGAAUGAUGGAAUAUUUAAGAACAUUAACGCAUUUUCAGAUUUUACCCCGAGAGCAUUAGUAUUAGUUUUCAAUUCCAAAAAAUUAGAUUUGGUGAACAAUAGAAUUAAUAUUUAAGUAACAGUUGACAAGCAAAUCAAACAAAAGCAAAUGGCAAACAAGUAGAGUGUUUUUGAAAGUCAUCAAAUAGAAAAAGUUCAGUUUAGGAGACUGUUGAUAGAAUUUAGGCGUUGACGUUUCAUAUCUGUCAGCUGUUCAGACAACAAGUUUGUUUGGAAGUUAUCACUAGUUGUUAUAAAAUUGUCUGCAAGAACAAUCCUCCUCCUUAUUCUAAAUAAAAUGUUAUUCCAGAUUGUGUUAUGUGAUAUCUUCCUGCUGUGUAUAGGCAUCAUUGCCUGUUUUUCUUCACGUCAUUGCCUCUGCUCAGUCACCUGGGAGGUUGUCACUCCACCUUUUCCUAGGUCUUCCAAGGCUUCUUUGUCCUGCUGGUGAUUUGUCCCUUGAUAUUUUCACAAUUCGUUCUUCCGUCAUGCGGUCAAUGUGCUCAUUCCAUUUUAUCUUUCUAUCCAGUACCCAGUCAUUGAUAUUAUCUAUCCCGCAUGUUCGUCUUAUGUUUUCACUCCUUUCUCUAUCCAGUAGUGUUCUUCCCGCUAUUCUUCGAACUAUUUUCAUUUCUCUAGUCUCCAAUAUCCGUUUCGUUUUAGAGGUCUCAGGUCGGGUCUCUGCUGCAUAGGAUAAUAUAGGUCUGAUUGCGGUCUUGUAAAUGCGGGCUUUUGCUUCAGUUCGAAUGUAUUUAUUUCGCCAGAUUGUGUCAUUUAGGUAUGCUGCUGCUCUUGAGGCUCUUGUAGCUUGGUUUCUUACUUCCGUCUCCACGUCUCCGUGUCCAGAUAUUUCGAUUCCCAGAUAUUUAAAUUUCAUUUCCUGGUGUAUUAUUUUGUUAUCCACCACAAGCUUACAUCUGAUGGAAAUUUUUAGAGUACGCCUUCAUACACACUUUAUAGAACCAGUUGAAUUGAAAGUUUUCGAAUACAGCUUUGAAAAUAUAUAUAAUAAUAAGUUUUUUGUUUUCCAUAUUUUCUUCAGUCAAAAUUACUGAUUUAAAAAAAUUUGUGUAUCACUUUUGUUUAGAUGACGCUACGGAUUCUUAUACGUUGUGAAAAUCCGUAAAUUGACAGAUGCAAGUUCCUCUUAAUUUUAGAAAUUGCAUUGUCUGAAACUUUAAAUUAGUUCUGAGACAGAACAGAAUCAAUUCGCAUUAAAGAGUCAUAUAUAUGUUUAGCUAUAUUGUCGAAAGCAGAAUAGUUUUGAUUUUAAUUUGACAGUCGUUUAUGUUUUAUUGUAUGAUGAUUUGAUUGUUUUCCUGGAAUCGUAGAAACAGCUAGGCAGGUGUUGCUGUGAAGGUUUUUCAGACUUACAUAUCUCUCCAGGGUUCAAUGUAAAUAAUAAUGUGCCAAUUUUUGCAUUUGUUCAUUAUUAAGUAAAAAAAUUAGGUUGGUAGACCAAGCAGCAAGUAUUUUGGAAAAGUUGAGCAGAUUCGUUUAAACGGUGUCACAUAUUAUGCCAAUGCAAAUAUCAAUUUCGAUUGCUUUGGAUAAACAUUUUAAAUACCUAACCGAAUUUUUCUCAACUUUAUUUGCCUGGUCUAUAGUUAGUUUGUAUGCUAGUUCCGAUAUCACUCGGUAUAUCGUUUGUGGAACGUUGGGUGUCGGAAAAAAUAUUUUUUUUAAAAAAUGGCGCCCAACUUGUGAUUUUUAUUUUUCUUUUUUGUUAAAAAUUUAUAUUUUGGUAUUUGAUAGUAUUUAUUUGUUGUUAUUUGUUGACUAAAUUUAUGUUUCUGUGAUGUUUAGGUUAGAGAACAGACUAUAUACCGAGUGAUAACGCGAACUCUUAAAAAAAUUCCUUUUGAUCUGACAAAAAGGCACGGUUACGUUUGACAACCGUUAGCAUUAAGGUGGUUCACGACGUAUCCAGAAACAGUGACACACCAUAAAAAAUACUACAAAACAGUAUCCAUAACGCUCGUUAAUUGUACACGUCAAAUUUGUGAAGAUUUAUAAAAAAAAAACGAUUUUGCAUUGAAACAUUUUUUUUUGUUUUUGUCCUGAUAACGAACAAGAAAUAUAUUACGUAUCAUAAAAUCAAACUUAUGAGAGCGCACACAAAAUGACUCUUUUAAAAUGAAUUAUUAUAUAAUAUUUACUUUAGAAAACUAUCAAAACAUGCGAAUAAAUUUUUUGCAUGCUUUUUUGGAAAGUGUUGAUUGUAGUCACUUGUAUUUUCCAUAACAAGGUGGUGUCCUUAGAGAAUGACCCAGCGCUUUCAUAACCUUUAUAUGCCAACUUUUUUAUCGAAUCCAGUACAAUAAGAUGAAUGCCACAUUGGAUAAUCUGUGUAGUUGUGGAUACAUCCUUUUUAUCCUCCAGUUCCAAACAAUGCUAUGAAUCAUCAAUUUAUUUUUCGUUUUGAUGUACUGGAGGAAACGUUGCACCUAUUUUCGAUGUUUGAAGCUUGUGUAAAAUGGUGUAGACAUCGGAGAAACAACACAAGUCAAAAUAUUCGAAAGAAUCAAACCUAUAAUUAUUUACCGAAUGUAGUAAACUUUGGAAACUGAUUAUUAACGGUUGUCAUGAUAGAUGUAGUGUUCGUCAAAGAUGAUAUCACAAAGUCACUUUGUCCAAUAAUUUUAAAUGGCAACCCACACCUCUUCGAUGAUACUAAUUUUUAUGUGUUUUUGUGAUCUUCAUUCACUUCUUUAUAGUGAUUAUUUCAUUUUUAAACUUUCGUCUGACUAUUUCAAAUAUGUCUGAAGAUAUGAAAUCCGGUGGAAAAUUCUAUAUGAACCUAAUAGUCAAAUAACCACGCUGUUCCGUCUUUUUGCACCAUAAUAGUGUGGAAAAGCAGCAGAUUAGAUUAUCUACGAGAAUUUCCAAAAUUAACGAUUCUAUUGCAUUUUGCGAUAUCUAUAGAUGAAACUCAGAUAGAUUGGUAUUAAGAAAAAGUGCUCUAACAAUGUUGUAUUCCAGUCCAUCUGCUUAAACAUGUUUCACGAUUUACUUCACUCCAAUAUUUCACAUUAUGUGUAUUUACAUUUCAAUUUCAUAUAAAGCACUUUUAUCGCUAAAAGAAAUUGUCGUCGCUUUUGAGUGUAAACCUGCUAACCUCACUUUGAGGUGUUCUUACAGGAAAGAGAAAAAUUUUUAAUGGCUACUUUUGGGAAAUAGAAGACGAGUAAAUUGUACAGUUAGUAAUUCAAAUAGACUAACAUAAAAAAAUAUUUCAAAUCUCUUACGAAAAUAAAACGUAAACUUUUCCCCUUCUUUUUCUCAAAAUCAACAGUUAAGUAAAAAUCGCGAAAAACUAGCUAAGUCCCAGAAAUGUAGUAAAGAAAGUCUGCCAACUCCCAGGAUAACGAACUUCUACAGUUAGGAUUUAAAAAUAAUGUUUUUCCUUAAAUAUCAAUAACUCUCACAAAAAUAAAACCACACAGAUGUUAAAAGUACUUACCUUUGUUAAAUAAUUAUCACGAAUUAUUUAAACAGCUCGAAAUGAACACAAAAACUGUUAAUUAUUGAGAGCAUUAAGUACAAAAUGGCGGUGACGCUGGAUUUAGCCGCGAAAGUUUGCAUGGUAUGAAUUUAGCAAUUUUACUCAUCACACAUUUUUAUACGCUGUCAGUAACUUUCAGAUAAUAAGGUGAUUUUUUUCUUUCAAAUGGUAUUCAUAAGUCAUUUGAAGCCAAAAAGGAUUUAGCAGGUUUACAUUCAAAUGCGGAGUUGUGCUGUCGGUUGAUUUCCAUGUUCAUAUUUUCAUAUAAUUUCAGUUUUUCUUUAUGGUCGUCGACUAAGAGUUGAUGACUUGUCAAUUCAUAUGCUUGAUAUUUUUCUAAACACCAUGUCUACUACUUUAACUGACUUUACACGUUGAAAAAACUGGAGCUGUUUUAGAAGUUAGAUUGACUAUUAAUUUUGCCAACAUAUCAACUUUUAAUCAUCAGAAAAUUGUAGUCUAGCAGAUUUUAUGACACCAUUAAUACUAAAAACUUACGAAAAAGUUACCUCAAAGUAGUUUUAGUAACGGAAAUCAUUAAAAAUUCGUUCUGCUGCUUGUAUAUUUUGUCUAUUGGCAUUAGGAUCGCUGCUUCUACAUCAACUGAAGAUUCUUCGCUUCUUGAAGCCCUUAAAUGUUUGGAUUGAUUGAAACAAAUUACUAAAAGCUACUGAAAUAUUGAAAAGUUCGAUCAACAAUACAAAAAUAAUCAAAUGUACAAAAAUUUCAUUUUGGAUAGACGAAAACGUUACAUUAUUGGAUUUAUCCGGAAAAAAUUUAGUACCAACCAAUUCAAUUCAUCACAGCUUUGUUGUUAAUAAGCCAGUUCUAAAACGGCAAAAAUUACAAUCAAUAUUUGUAUCAUUGAAUGGAAUUUUUGAAUAUUCUUGAAAACGGGUGUCACUUGCUAGAAGUUCCCAUUCAAAAUUAUUGGUCACAAUGACAUUUUGACUACAUCUUUGAUAAAUAUUUCCAUCGGGUCGCAAAAAAGUGUACCAACCUUUUGAAAAUAAAAAAUACUGUUCUGCUGCCUUUUUAGAUAUCGCCCAGAAAUUUGACAAGAUCUGGCGCGACGGACUACUAUACAAAAUUAGGAAAAACCUCCCGCACAACCUUUCCAAAUCCUAAAAUCCUACCUGUGGACAAACACUUCCAAGUCAAAAUCUAGGACCACAACACAACUUUAAAUCCAAUUAUGUCCUAUUUCUUUGUGGCCAAAAACUUCAUGUUACCUACACCAAACGGAGAAAGGCGUGUCCAACUGUUAAACGGACAUUUUCUGCAGCAAAAAGAGAGUGCAAAAUACCUUGUAAUUUGGUAUUGGGACUAACCUGGAGCAUACACAUACUAACCCAUGGUAAGCAAAUGGACCUAAAACUCAGCAAACUGUAUUGAUUAAUAUAUCGAAGAUCUCAACUAACAAUCAAUAACAAGCUGCUAAUAUACAAAAUAACACUAAAACCUAUUAUGGUAUUCAACUAUGUGGCACUGCAUCCAACUCAAAUGUAUCAAUUCUAGACAGAUUUCAGUCAAAAGUACUUAGAAUUAUUGUAAACGUUUCAUAAAACAUACCCACGUUAUAUUAAUAGCCAAGGUAUAGCCUGGAAGCAGGCGAGACAAUUGAUAGUGUUUUGUCUAGGUUCAUAUGAAAUUUUUUGUCAUCCUCUAUAAACCCUUAUGAAUGUAAAAAGUCAACUUUUAGCUGGCCUUGACCACGUACCACUCUUCGAAUUCAAGACUCGAUCAUAAAUUGGAAAAAACUGUAUCCUGUUAUGCAGAAUUUGUUUUUUGGGUACUUUUUGAUCUUCUUUUUAAUACCUUGAUUUUAUUUCCAAUAUAAUACUCAUUAGAUCCUCCAGCCUCCCCCAAUGCUCGGUGUACUUUAGGAUGUUUUGCACCCUACAGUUUUCUAAUUUAUAAUUGUCAAAAUAUAUAUUAUUUUUAUUAGAAUGUUUCGAUCUUAAGUUGGUGAAUUGUUCAAAUCUUGAGCGAUUCACUCCCUCGCAAAUUUUUUCUGUAACAUUCGUCUUUUAUAAAAAGUAUGAAAAUAAUCCUGUUUUGAUAUAUUUUUUAUACAAAUUGAACAAAAAAUAAGAGAACGUUUAAAAAUAUUUACAAAUAUUUUGUGUCAAUCUAAUGGAAUUUAUGGUUUUUUAUAUGUCAGGUUAAAACAGAAUUAUCUCGAUAUGUUGAAUAUGAGGUCCACCCUGUAUAUUCGUGAAGUGAACCACCUUAGUUAGCAUACAUUUUGACUGUAUAUUUAGUGCUGUGACUCCUCAAACGUUUUGUCUGAUUAGUUUUAAAAUUAUUUAUUUGUUUAGUUUUGUGAUACGGUCGAACCAAAGACAUUUCAUUGGAAAAAUUUGUUUCUAAAAGAUUCAAAAAUAUUUUUUUAAACGUGCCAUUUUAAAGUAAAUGAACAUUGACAUAAAGUGUCGGGUUGUUGAUGGGAAUCGAUAUGUAAGAUGGUUAUUUUUUCCGCAGAAUAAUAUUAUAUCACAAAACAAGACCUUCAAGCGAUAACGACUUUAAUUAUAGUUUGAGCAUGCAGAAUCUAUUCCAAUUUUUUUAUGAGAUGUUAAGCAUAAUAUUAUUGGUAACAGUAUGUUUUUAUAUUACGGUACUACACACGUUAUUAACUUGUAAUUUUCGAACGUCGUUAAAUGUGACAACUUGAAUGUUAACUUUUGAUUAAGUUUCUUAAAUGUUUGAGUUAGAUGAAUCUUGGUGACUCAAUUCUAUGGAUUUUUGAAUAUAAAUAUAAGAAAAAUACAGCAUCACAACGAUUGAAUAGUAAUAGAAAUUAAAAGCAUUAAAAUGAUUAAAAAAAACAUUGGUACAUCCAUUUUCUAAUUAAUAAAAAUAACCACCAGAAAAUAAACGGUUGACAUUAUUUCUGUUUUCCUAUGCCAGUGGACUUCACUUAACGCUGCCUUGACGCAAUUAGAAUAAAUAUUAAAAAUAGAUUAUCAAUUUUUUAUUAAAAAA